CUCAAAAUCAGCUCUCAUCCUCCUUGAAGAAAAUCAAAGCUGCGGGCGGCUACGUGUUCUUGUUCUUCAUCAAAUCGAAAGUAUGGCGUAUGCAGCAAUGAAGCCGACAAAACCAGGGCUGGAGGAGCCCCAGGAGCAGAUUCACAAGAUUAGGAUCACUCUUUCUUCCAAAAACGUUAAGAAUCUUGAGAAAGUGUGUGCGGAUUUGGUCCGUGGUGCUAAGGACAAGAGGCUCAAGGUAAAGGGACCUGUGCGAAUGCCCACAAAGGUUCUUAACAUUACCACUAGGAAGUCUCCCUGUGGAGAAGGCACUAAUACAUGGGACAGGUUUGAGCUGCGGGUUCACAAGCGUGUGAUUGACCUUUUUAGCUCCCCAGAUGUUGUCAAGCAGAUCACCUCAAUCACUAUCGAACCUGGUGUUGAGGUUGAGGUCACCAUUGCUGAUUCUUAGAAUCUUAAUUGUUUUCAUUAGGUUGUUGAAUUACCCGUUUAUCUGUUUAAGUACAUUAGUUGUUUGGAAUUUCUUUUGUGGUCAUCUUAAUUUUGGGGUUAAUGUUUGCAGACGAAGUGUAGUAGAGGUUUUCUUUUGUUCCAACUACAGUUUUGCAGUUAAAAGCAGAUACUAUUUGAUAUUCAGAAGAGAAUGUGUGUUUGUUAA